AUGGGCCCCUGUACCGCCUCCUCAUGCUGCUGCCAGGCCCGUAAUCUGCCAUGGGCCCCCGUACCGACUCCUCAUGCUGCUGCCAGGCCCGUAAUCUGUCAUGGGCCCCUGUACCGCCUCCUCAUGCUGCUGCCAGGUCCAGAGUGUGUCAUGGGUCCCUGUACGGCCUCCCAUUGCUGCUGUCUCCAUCGCCACACUCUGCCAUGUGCCACUUUCAGGUCUCCUCACACUGCUGGUGGGUUCCAUUUUGUCAUAGGGUGCUGUAUGGCCUCCCAUUGCUGCUGCCUCCACCGCCACACUGUGGCUCCACACUCUGGUUUUGGCCCCGUGACUGCCCAAAUGAGUGAAGUGUGCGGUGAUUCUAAGAUCGAUGGCACUCAUCUGCAUGUCAUACUGACUGACAGUAUUAUUUCUCUUCCCCAGCAGACUCCAAGGGCAUUUAAAUUAAAGGUACAGUGUUCUGCACUAAUAUAA